AUGGCUCUCACUGUGUCGCUCGCGCUCUUGGCCAAGGCGCUCGGCGCCACGCCCCGGCGAGAGGGCCGCGGCUACUCCGUCCGGACCGGUCUGCUCGCCCGGGCUCGCAGCCGGGGCUUUGCCUCACCCUCAGCAUCGGUGGAGGCUGACGCGAGCUUGUCCGUGCGCAAUUUUGGACUGAAUGAUUUUGAGAACGCGAAAAAAGAGAGGCCCGCGGGCGGCCCGUGCCGCCUCCACUCCACCUCCACCAGCUGGCAGAGCUGCGCGUACGAGAUCGACGGCAGCGGCGGCGCCAUCGGGAUAGCGCUCUGCCUCCUUUCCGUGCUGCUACUCGCCAUCGGGAUCACCAUCCAGAAAUAUGCGCUCACCUUCAUCGAGCCGCACGUGCUGCUCGGAGACUGCUGCGGCACGCAGAGUAUACGUGGGCCGCUGGCGCGCGUCCCGCGCACGCACGCCAUCUGGCUCGCGGGCCUCACCGUCUACUUUGGCGGGAACGGCGUCUUUGUCCUCGCGCUCGCCUUCACGCCCGCGUCUCUCGCGGCGGCGCUGAUGGCAACCAUCGUGGUCGCCAACGCCGCCCUCUCGCGCUGCGUGUUGCACGAGGAGUUGCGGCGAUGCGACUACCACGGCGGGGCGCUGAUUCUGGGCGGGAUAGCUGUCACGGGCUGGUACGCGCCUGCCGAGGUCGUGUCGUACGAUGCGCCCGCGCUCGCGAGGCUCCUCUCGCCGACCAGCAACCCCUUCGGCUUUGGCUACCUCCUCGUCCUCGUCCUCUCUGUGACAGCGCUCGCUGUGCUGGUCGUGCGGCACGAGGCGGCGCACCGCGCAGACAUCCAGCCGCUCAGAGCCGCGACGCCCGCCGCCGCCGACGCAUUCGGCGAAGGGGGCGCGUGCUCGUGCCGCGGCGAGCCAGCCGCGUGCUCGCCCUCCACACUCGAGAGCGGACGUUGCCCCGCCGCCACCGCCAUCGCGCUCUCCGCCACCCCUGCCUCCGCCCCCGCCGCCACCGCGCUCUCCGCCGCCGCGCCCUCUGCCUCCGCCCCCUCCGCUGCCGCCAUCGCCGCCGCCGCCGCUGCCGUGCCUCGCCCCUCCUCCGCCGCCGCUGCUGCCGCUGCUUCGCCUGCGAGC